ACUGACGCACGCCAUCGAAGCAGCAGCAGCAGCAGCCGCCGUUCCCGUUUCUUCUGCGACCCUUCGCCGCUCGCUAGCCCGCCGUCCGCCGAAUCCGCCAGCACCCAGCGCAGAUGUCGCCUGCUCCGGUCGUCGAUCCCGUCGUGCCCGAGAAGGAGCAGGAGCAGGUCGAUCCCGCGGAGGAGCUCAAGAAGAUUGCUCAGGGCGACGAGCCCACCGUUGAGGACGUGAAGGACGACGACAAGGACGAGGACGACGAGGACGACGAUGAGGACGACGACGACGACAAGGAAGAUGGAACUGCGGGUGCAAAUGGGAGCUCGAAGCAGAGCAGAAGUGAGAAGAAAAGCCGGAAGGCAAUGUUAAAGCUGGGAAUGAAACCUAUCACAGGUGUUAGCCGGGUCACCAUCAAAAGAACUAAAAACAUACUGUUCUUCAUUUCAAAGCCUGAUGUCUUCAAGAGUCCUCACUCCGAGACCUAUGUCAUAUUUGGGGAGGCAAAGAUUGAGGACUUGAGCUCUCAGCUGCAAAAUCAAGCUGCUCAGCAGUUCCGGAUGCCGGAUAUGUCAUCGGUUAUUUCGAAACCAGAUGCUUCUGCUGCAGAUUUGGGUGCACUGGCUGAUGAGGAUGAAGAAGAAGAUGUCGAUGCGACUGGGGUCGAGCCUCGUGACAUUGAUUUGGUCAUGACCCAGGCAGGGGUAUCUAAGAGCAAGGCAGUGAAAGCUCUCAAGACUCAUAAUGGUGACAUUGUGGGUGCCAUCAUGGAGCUUACUACUUGAGCUUUUCUGUAGUUAUUUUCUUGAAAUCGCUGAUGCUCUGUAAUGGGGACGUAUUCAUUACUUAUAUGGUAAGUUUUGGUUAGAAUGUGUUGAGACUUGUUGAA